CCCCACGCCGAGCUGGUUGAACCGAACCGUGGGAGCAACCGCCUUCCCCCUCACAACACGGCUCAAAAAUUCCCCUCCCGAAAUCCUCGCCGCUCCCACCGACCAUGCCGCCGCCGCCGCCGGUACCAUCGCUGCUGGACGAGCUCCUCGAGGAGAUCUUCCUCCGCCUCCCGCCGGGCGAGCCAGAGCACCUCGCGCGCGCCUCCCUCGCCAGCAAGCUCUGGCUCGGCCGCCUCACCGGCCCUCGCUUCCGCGGCCGCUACCGUGAGCGCCAUGGACCUCCCCCCAUGCUGGGCUUCCUUCAUACCUGGCUGGAGGGCUGCGGCCCGGAGGGAAAAGAUCCCGUCCCGGACUUCACACUCACCACGAAAUUCGGCGCGCGCGUCCCCGACGAUGACGACUGCGGGUACCACAAGUACGAUGCGUGGGACUGCCGCCAUGGCCGCGUUCUCCUUGGGGACGAGAACAUGUUGCCCAUCGCGGUCGUCGUCUGGGACCCCAUGACGGGCCGCCGGAAGGACCUGCCGGAGCCCGACCUAGUGAACGACAGCUAUGGGGCCGCGGUGCUCUGCGCCGUGCCUGGCUGCGACCACGGCGCGUGUCACGCCGGCCCCUUCGAGGUCGUCUUUGUUGGCCUGGGCAUGCGUGAAGACGAUGGUGCCGGAUGCGUUGCGCAGGCGUGCGUGUCGUUGCCGGACACCGGUGACUGGAGCAUGCCGUGCCCUAUAUUUGAUCACCAUCACUGGGGCGAGCCGUGCUCUGGUCUUCAUCUUGAAGCCGACGCAUUCGUCGACCGAAUGCCCCCUGUCCUCGUCAAAGAAGCAGUUCACUUCAUGCUUGUGUAUGCUCGUGAUGGCCAUGUAGAAAUUCUCAAGUACGACUUGAGAUGUAGUUGCUUAUCACUGGUUGAUGUGCCGCUUGUGGGGCCUGGCAUUUACGGUGCCGCUAUCCUCAUGGCGAUGCAGGAUGGCAGUUUGGGGUUUGCACAUGUGGAUGGGUUAACCCUCUACAUCUGGUCCAGAGAAAUGGAUUUCAACAGAGCUGGGUCAUGGAGUGAACGUACAAUUAUCGAUCUCAGGAAUCUUCUCCCCAUCCAAAAUCCCGAGGAAAGACUUAGACUGAUUGGAUCCGUUGAGGGCAGUGAUACCGUUUUCGUGACCACAGACCUGGGAAUCUACGAGAUGAAUGUCAAGUCACAGCGAUGGAAGGAGAUAUGGAAGAGCGAGGAAUUUCGUGCUUUGAUUCCAUACAUGAGUUUCUACAAUCCACAAGAAAGGGUGAUGCCCUGUGACGCGGCACAUUGACAAGGUAUGGUUGAAUAUGCCUAAGGUUAGAAGGCCACUCUCAUCAAGAAAAAAGAUGACAAGCUUGGAGGCGACAGGGGUCUUGUGAUGAAUUAUGUCUAUUCAGUAGCACUUUUGGUUCAGCUUGGAGGCGACAAGGGUCUUGUGAUGAAUUAUGUCACUAUUCAGUAGCCCUUUUGGUUCAGUGGUGCUUGCUUGAUUUCUCACAUUGUUUUUUCGCUUUUGUCAGUAAGUUUGAUAGUUUCCCCAUGUCGUUGGAGUGCGUAAGUUAGUGAAUGGAGUAUAUAUCUUGUAAUGAACCUCCGAUUCUUGCAGCUGCAGUAGGAACUACAUGCCCCGUUGUUUAA